CGUGUUUCCGCCCUUCAUGAGAGCCUCGAAGAAUCGGUUGUCUGGGUUACUGAAAACGACGCUUCACCUACAGCCCUGUGAAAACCUAAACAUUGUUGGCUAACAAGCUACAUUUUCUAUGCAGGCUACACUUCCGACUGUUUUAUCCAAGGAACAACUCCAAAGUUUUUUCAGAGAUGGCGGUAUAUUUUGACCACCGGAUCGAGGCUCCGGAGAACAGUGGAACACCUUUCCUCAUCGCUUGGCACUCCACCCAACCUGUGCUUGCGGUAGGAUCCAUCAGUCCUGUCACCGGAGGCAGCGUCAGCCUCUACCAUCAGCAUGGUGAUCAUGUCGAACUGUGUAGAAUUGAGCGAAGCUGCAGCCCCUCCGUGUUGAGCUGGCAUCCCAGCAAGCCUGUGCUGUGUGUGGGAUGGGAGAGCGGAGAGGUGGUGCUGCUGGCACACCCCACAGGUGAAACCACUCCUCUGUCCAGCAACACACACACUGCCUGCAUCACACUCUUGGAGUGGAGCCACAGUGGAGGAAGACUGGUCACGGGUGAUCAGGCUGGUGUGCUGGCUCUAUGGAAGGUAGAUGCCAGAGGCAGAUUUCAGGGUACGCAUAUUGUAAAGCAGGACUAUGGCAAGCCUCUCACCUGCUGCAUCUACAGACCCACUGCACCCACAGAAGAUGUGGCUCUUCUGGCCCGUGCAGCAGUCAGUGGUGAUGAGAAUGCUCUAGACAUGUUUAACUGGAAGAAGGCAGGAAGAGGAUCUACACGACAGGACACACUUCAACUAUACUGCAGCACAGCUGAUGGAUGCGUUUACAGUGUUGAUGAACGGGGACGCAGUGUGUGUGUGCUGACAGUAGAGGGCGCCGUGCAGAAGCUGGUGUAUGUGGAGCGGAAGGCAGUGCUGGCUGUGGUCACAGACUCCCUCAUGCUCUCACAGUUCAGUCUCAUGCCAGAUGGUAGCGCUCAUGAGCUAAGCAAGGUGAAACUGAGUGGAAGGGGUGGUCAGAAUAUAGACAUCCUGUGGACAGAGAGUGGCCUGCUGAUCACAGCUGCAGGGGAACCCCUCAUCAGGCUAUGGGAUUUGGAGAAGGAUGACAACUAUAUUCUGUCUUUGGAGGAGAACUUGGGUUUUGAGAAAGGAGAGCUUUUGAACUGUGUGUCUUACUGUCCAACUAAAGAAAUCCUGGCCGCUGGCACAAGUAAGGGCCGUGUGGCUUUCUGGCGGAUGGUCACCACAGAUAAUGCCAAAGGAGACUCAACAACUCAGUGGAAACUGCAGACGCCCACAGAGGUGGAAGGAAAUGUCAGUCAGCUGCAGUGGGGCUCCAGUCUGUGGUUGCUGGCAGUGUGCACUGGCACCUCAGUGCAAAUCCUGUCUGAGCAGCUCAUGUGUUCCCACUUCAGCCAGCAGGUGGCAGCAGUUCAGCUCACGCCCAGCACCAUCAGCCUGGCAUACUUCAGCACUGACACACACCUCAUGCUCCGGACAGAUACACACGUCCGGGCUGUGCAGGUUGCCAAGGAUUCUGUAACAGUUUGGAAUGGGAAAUAUGUGACGGUGUAUGAACCUGCAGGACCAACUCUACGCAACACAGGGUCAUUCCAGUGUGAGUCUCCAGCGCUGGCCGUUCAUGAGGAGAACAUCUACACAGUGGAGCCCAACAGGGUGCAGGUCCGCACCCCUCAGGGUACAGUGAAGCAGUUGUUGACGUUCUCUGAGGCCGAGGGGAACCCAGUGCUUCUCAGUGUGUGCAAAGCCUACCUGGCCGUGGGCACAGACACUGCUCAUGUCCGAGUAUUUGACCUGACACGCAGGGAAGCAAAGCCAAUGUGUAAUGCUAAAAGUUUGAAGGAAGUGAUCCCUAACUUGGGUGCUUUGCGCUCAGUCAAAUGCAACGCAAGUGGAAACCAAGUCAGCAUCUUGAUCACACAGGUGAACGGUAGACCAGAUCACAAAGUCUAUUUCUAUGACGUGGACAUGGACACAAUUACACACUUUGACUUCUUCACUGGAAGACCUCCUAGUGGCUUCUCCCAGUCAGAGGAUGGUGAGAGGAAUCCGUGUGUAGAGGCUGACCUGAGCGCGCGUUGCCCUGUCUCCCAGUUCUGGGAUGAAACUGAGCCUCGUCUGUUUGUCUGUGAGGCUGCACCUGUGAACUCUGACCUCCAGCAAGACAGCCAAUCAGAGAAGGCUGAUGUUCUGGUCGUUACGUUCUUUGUGACACAAGAGCAUGGCCUCCUAUUGCAAGACUCGGCCCUUAAACCAGCUGGAUUACAGGCGCUCCUCGCUUUGGAUGCCCCCUACUACUACUACACGUGUAAGCCUGGCGAGGGCUUUGAGGUGGGGGAGCCCUGCGCGGCCCCUCAGAUGGUGGUGCGGCGAGCCCUGCGCGACUUCACCGGCCUGGAGAACUGUGACAAGCCCACCAGAGACGCUCUGCUCAACUUCAGCUUCUACCUCACCAUUUCAGACAUGGAUGAGGCCUUCAAAGCUAUCAAACUCAUCAAGAGUGAGGCGGUCUGGGAGAGCAUGGCGCGGAUGUGUGUAAAGAGCCGGCGUCUGGACGUGGCGCGGGUCUGUCUUGGGAACAUGGGCAACGCCAGAGCAGCACGGGCUCUCAGAGAGGCCGAGAAGGAGCCCGAGCUGGAGGCCCAGGUCGCCAUGCUGGCCACACAGCUGGGCAUGCUGGAGGAGGCUGAGCGUCUGUACCGCUCCUGUGGCCGUUAUGACCUGCUGAAUAAGUUCUACCAGGCGUGUGGGCAGUGGCAGCGGGCCAUCGAGACGGCCGAGAGCCACGACCGCGUGCACCUGCGCACCACCUACUACAGCUACGCCAAGCACCUGGAGGCCAUGGGAGAUUCCACCACCGCCCUCAGCUAUUAUGAGAAGUCGGACACCCACCGCGUGGAGGUUCCCAGAAUGCUCAUCGACGACUCCCUCGCCUUGGAGAUCUACGUCAAUAAGAUGAAGGACAAGAAUCUGUAUAAGUGGUGGGCGCAAUACCUGGAGAGCCAAUCAGAAAUGGAGUCUGCUCUCCGCUACUAUGAGCAAGCCCAGGACUACCUGUCUCUUGUGCGAGUCCACUGUUACCUGGGCAACAUUCAGAAGGCAAGUGAGAUAGCCAAUGAGACGGGCAACAGAGCUGCCUCCUAUCACCUGGCCCGGCAGUAUGAGGGCCAGGAGGAUAUUGGCCAAUCGGUGCACUUCUACACACGGGCACAGGCCUACAACAAUGCCAUUCGCUUGUGUAAGGAGAACAACCUAGAUGAACAGCUCCUAAACCUGGCUCUGCUGAGCAAUCCUGAAGAUAUGAUGGAGGCUGCUUGCUACUAUGAGGAUAAAAACUUACACAUGGACCGGGCUGUCAUGCUGUACCACAAGGCUGGCCACGUCUCCAAGGCUCUGGAGUUGGCCUUCUCCACAGAGCAGUUUGGUGCUCUGCAGCUGAUCGCAGAGGACCUGAAUGAGAACAGUGACCCUGCCCUGUUGGCUCGUUGCUCAGAUUUCUUCAUUAAACACACCCAGUACCACAAGGCCGUGGAACUAUUGGUUGCUGCCAAGAAGUACCAUGAGGCCCUGCAGCUGUGUUUGGACCAGAGCCUGACCGUGACUGAGGAGCUGGCGGAGAGAAUGACCGUGACACGUGGCUCUGCCCACCUAUCAGAAGAGGAGCGGAAGAACCUGCUCGAGCGAAUAGCUGACUGCUGCAUGCGCCAGGGCAACUAUCACCUAGCAACUAAGAAGUACACUCAGGCUGGCAAUAAAAUGAAGGCAAUGCGUGCUCUGUUAAAGUCUGGUGACACAGAGAAGAUUGUGUUUUUCGCUGGAGUGUCUCGUCAGAAGGAGAUCUUCAUCAUGGCCGCCAACUACCUGCAGUCUCUGGACUGGCGGAAAGAUCCAGAAAUCAUGAAGAACAUUAUCAGCUUUUACACCAAGGGCAGAGCUCUUGACCUGCUUGCAGGUUUCUAUGAGGCCUGUGCACAGGUGGAGAUUGACGACUAUCAGAACUAUGAGAAGGCGUUGGGUGCACUAACAGAGGCCUACAAGUGUUUAUCAAAAGCUAAAGGUCGAAACGCAGAUGAUCAGGACAGUAAAGUGUCUGAGCUCACACACCGAAUUUCCUGUGUGAAGAAAUUCAUCCAGGCACGCAGGCUGUACGAGGACGAGCCUGCAGAGGCAGUGCAUCUGUGUGAGACACUGCUGCAGGAGCCGGAUCUGGACCCAGCUGUCAGAGUGGGUGACGUCUAUGGCUUCCUGGUGGAGCAUCACUGCCAACAGGGCAACUACCAGCAGGCCGUCUCCAAGUUAGAGGACCUGCGGCGUACCUUGCCCUCGGUGAACGUGGGACUCUAUGUGAGCCAGGACAGCCUCGUCGCCCUGCAGGCCGCCACUGGGCUCCAGCUGGCCCGUGGAGACAACCGGGACUCCCACUCUCACCACCUCACGCACACCACACACCACGACAGCGGCGGAGAGGACGAGGUGGUGGAGGAGGAAGAGGACGAGAAUCUGCCGGACUGAAACCCUUUUCUAUUUAGCUCCCUCUGUUGGUCAUUCAUGGAAUCAUCAUUCAGAGUCAUACGUGCUCUUGUCACUGCUUCCAAGUUUAAUAUCACACUAAUGCACUUGCUGUGCAGUCAUUGUAUCAAUUCAUUAUUGUCCGUCUAAUGUGUUUAUUCACGUGUGAAAUGAUCGGAUAUUGUUUUAUAAGAAUGUGUUUGUAAUGACUGACAAGAGCUGUGCCUCUGACUCUUGUAGUGAAUAUUUGUUGUUUCUACCUACAGUGCCAGCUUGUUGAUGGCCUUGAGCAGCGGAGGCCUGUUUAUUUGUGGUGUAUGUGUGUGUGUGUGAGAGAGAGAGAGAGAGAGAGAGAGUUGAUGCAAAGUUAAGGCCUAAACCUCACCAAAGUGGUUUCAGCAGUUUGGUGAAUUUUUCACUCUUCCUCAUGAGCUGUAAAUAUUGGACAGGCCUUCAAUAUUUUGUAAAACAACCUUAUAUGCUGUAUAGAAGUCUGUAAUAUUUUAAUUAAAUGAUUUAUACAUUGUU